AGCCCCUGACGUCAUAAGACGGCGCCGGUAGUCUCAGAGGCUGCACGUGGGCUCGGAUUUGGGAAACUUUCUGGCUGGGCCAUGGAUACACCGCUGAGGCGCAGCCGGCGGCUGGAAGGCCUAAACCCUGAAUCCUCCGAGAGCUCCACCUCACUUCUGAAGGCGAAACGAGCCCUUUUGGAGUUCGAGUCGAACCCAGAAGAAACGAAGGAGACCGGGUCUCGGAGUGUGCGGCAACCCGGCCUGGGGUCCCCGGGACGUCAGCCGGAGACCUGCCCGGGAUCACCCAGCCUACGACAAGGAGCAGGCUUGGAGUCCCCCCGAAAGGAGCCAGAUCCGGGCCCAGGGUUCCCCCAGAGUCAGCAACAUCCAGGCCAGGAGUCUCCCCAAAGACAGCCGGAGUCGAGCCCUGAAACCCCCCAAUGUCAGCCAAAACCAAGUGGGGAGUCACCAAAGUACUUCCAGAGCCAAGAAGAACCGGACGCGGAGUUAGCCCAGAGUAAAGAGAAGCUGGCCCCAGGGGCCCCCCGAUAUCAGUUGCAUCCGGGCCCAGGAUUACCAGAGCCUUAUCUCGGUCAGCUAGCGCCUGGUCCGGAGCCCUCGCCGCCACUACAGGACCUGUCACCACCGUCACCCGGCUACCCCCGGGGCGAGCACGAGCCUAACAAGCCACCUCCGGCCAGGGAGCCAGUAAGUGACGGCCUCGGGCCAAAGAAGCGAAAAGGAUCUUCAGCCCAGGCCCCAGCGUCCAAGACGUUGAAGGAGGAGGUGGCGAUUCCAACAAUCCCGAAGGGAAAGCCCAAGUCGGGGCGGGUGUGGAAGGACCGCUCCAAGAAGAGGUUCUCUCAGAUGGUUCAGGACAAGCCCCUGCGCACAUCUUGGCAGCGGAAGAUGAAGGAACGGCAGGAAAGGAAGCUGGCCAAGGACUUCGCCCGGCACCUGGAGGAGGAGAAGGAGAGGCGCCGGCAGGAGAAGAAACAGCGCCGAGCCGAGAACCUGAAACGCCGCCUGGAGAACGAGCGCAAGGCAGAGGUCGUCCAAGUGAUCCGUAACCCUGCCAAGCUCAAGCGGGCGAAGAAGAAGCAGCUGCGCUCCAUCGAGAAACGGGACACCCUGGCCCUGCUGCACAAGCAGCCGCCCCAGCGGCCGGCUGCCGAGGUCUGAGCGCGGGACAGGCCGGAGGUCUCUGGCAGCCAGCCACCAUGUCAGGCACGCACAGCGUGUCCCGGGCUGCUGGUCACACGCCUCUGCUGGACCCAGCACUCCAACUCGGGCUCCAGAACAGGGACCCCACCCAGAGGGGGCUCAGCUCUGAGGGCUCUGGGACAGACCCAGAGGAGCCUGGGGCCCAGCAGAGGCUGGGGGAGGGAAAAGAUUCGGUUCCCUCGUCUCUCCUUCCCCCUCCUUCUCCAAGUGCCUUCAAACCAAGGACAGUAAAUUCUUCUGGCUCCUCAGAGAGCUGGUGACUCCCCAAAAUGUGCAUGUUCUGUCUCAACGUCCUGGGUCCAACCCAGGCCAGGAGACCGGCAGUCCAGAAUCAGCUCCCCACACCUUCUGUAGGCUGCUUUGGGUACCUCUGUACCCCACUGACCCCGUCACCCAGCAAACUGAAUCCAGCUCUGCCCCACUUUUCAACACUGAAAGAUGAAAACGAGGAGGUUGGAGGAAGCGAGGUUCCGCUCUAGCACCCUCUUUCCUGUGCCAGACUCGGCAGACGCCCCAAAGAUCUGAUUAACUCCUGCCCGUCCAGUAUACAACAAUAUUUAUUGAGUGCCUGCUGCGUACAGGCACAGUUCUAGGUAGCAGGGAAUACAGACAAAAGUUCCUGCCCUUGAGCUUUCAUUUUGAUGGAGAAAACAUAAUAAACAAGUAAAUGUA